CGCCGGGGCGUGGGCGGCGGCGGCGCUGGGCCGGGGGGAGCCGCGAGGCCGGGAGCGGGGUAGGCUGCGCCCGUACUUAAGCGCUCUGCCCGAGCCGCUGACGUCUUUCGAAUUGGAGACGGGGCUGUCCCCCUCCCGCCUCGGGCUCCCGCGGACGCGGCCGGGGACGGAGCCAGGGUACGAGUGUCUAGAAUGCCCAAGUAUGCACAGCAGCUUAGAGAUCAUGACAGAAAUCCUUGCAUAGCGGAAACAGAUGCCUCUAGAAAAUGUAUGGAUGACAACAACUAUAAAAAGGAUAUGUGUACUGAUUAUUUUUUGAAGUACAAAAACUGCAGAAAAUUCUGGCAUGACAUUAUGAUGCAAAGGAAAAGAAAUGGUGUGAAACCGGAGAUGCCCUCAGCAGAAGAGAGAAAGAAAAUCUUGGAAUCGGUAGAGAAGCCAUACUGACUACAAACUUGCAUUGUUUUACUGUUUUCCCUGUACAUAUGAGGACUUGUCAGCAGCAGGUUGCUCUCUUGUAAACUGGACUUCACUGUUGCCAUAUCUUGGAUUAAAGUAAGCUCCUAAAUUUCAAAGCGUGUGAGCUUUCUAAGAUAGGACUAGUUCUAUUUGUGUUGUUUCUCAUUGGUGUUUAGUGUCUCACUAGAAGACAUGGGUACCAACACAGCUUGUCCAGACACCUUGGAAGUAGAGGCUAACAUGGUGUGAAGUGCUAAAUGCUGUGAAAUGCUAAAGACUCCUAAGAUUUGCAGUUCUAAGUUCUAACUUUUCUAAUAGUUGUAAAGGCUGAGUAUGUUUAGAAAGACUAGUAAAGGACUAGUAUGUGCAGAGUCUCUUGUAUGCAGCUAUUCUGACUAAUAUUCUAAGCUUAUCGUGGGUAGUCCUGUCACUGUUUUCAUGAGUUGUUUUCAGUGUCCCUUCUUUAAAUAACACUAUUCAUGAACUAAAAUCCCAAAUCCAACAAGCUGUCAGAAAACUUACAGCUCUCAAUUGGUGUGAGCAGAGGUUGCUAUAAAUCAGAUGUGCAGGCUUUGCUUGGUACAAGGUUAGACGGGUUGGUGAAGAUGGAACUGAACUCAUCUCUGCUGAAUAGUACCUUUGGUGGAUAGUAAAUAGAUACUUGGCUGUUGGAGGGGGUUGGGGACUCUGUAGGCAUGUAAACAUGCACUUGGAGUGACAUAGCAGGUUUAACUAUAGUACAUCUAUCUAAGACUCUGGACAGCUGAAGCCCUGGGUUUGGAAAUGCUUACUCAUACGAGACUACAAAGCUCAGUUUGAUUAGGCUACUCCAGUCUUACUUAAGACUGAUUCCUUAUCUAAACUGGGCAACUACUAAAUGUAAUCAGAUUGCUGUCUAGAAACACUUGUUUUCUUUACCUUCAGUAUUUUCUGGUGUCCUGACUUAAAAAAAAAAAAAAAAUCACACCCUGUGGUAAAAUGGAAAAACCACUGUCAUGAGCUCAAGUUCCAUAUGAAAACCUUUUAAGACAUACUGCGAUUAAGUUGGCAGAACUCUGGCUGACCUCUCGGAGGAUGGUGUAAAAGUGUUGUCUCUCUAUUUAGACUGUUUUGGAAAGACUUCAUAGCUUCCUGUUUUUCCCUCUGUCUGGCUUGUCUCAUUGCUUUCCACUCAAGGCCUAUUUCUAUGUUAGCAGCAGUUUUAUGCUAUUUUCACCUUCCCCAUUGCCACUUGACCGACUAGUAACUAAUGGGAUCUACUUUUCCUCCUGUCUUUCUGGCUGCUCUCCUAUUAUACCUGAGUUUUGAAGCGGGUUGAUCGUGCCCUUUUUGUUACUGGAAAGAGUGUAACUCUAUGCCUCUUGAGUGCGCAGUUCUCUGAGAAUAGCUGUCUGGCCUCCAAACCAUGUCAUAAGUUCUCUUGUGUGUUCCUGGCAAGGGAAGUAGACCUUCUUCAGUGAAGAUCAUGAGAUUCUUUAUUUUGGAUUAUUUUGCCUCUACUUAAAAUUCAAACUUUGCUGUCAGUGAUUGUGUUUUUGUUUGGAGCAGAGGAGAAGCUUCCAUACUAGAUUCAGAGACUCUACCUUGCCCACCACUUGUAAGUUUUUUCAGUACCCUCCUGUUUAGCAGUUUUUUUCCAGUUUGGCAAAAAUUUUUCUGUUUAAUAGUUUGAACGUUUUUAGCCUGUUCCAAUUCCAACAUUUUUCUAGUAACUUUGUUCUUUCUCUGCUCUAAUGAUCUAGUUCUGCAAUGACUUUCUAAUACAGUUCUUCUUCCUGAAGAUCCCGUGUUCUCCAUCUGAGUGGAGAAUUCCUUGCUUUCAUUAGCUAGGCUUAAUGGUGCUGCUUCCUCAGUGGCCAUGCCUUUAUUUAAUCCUCCUACUCUCUGAGUUUUGGCUAGCUGGCUGUCUUUUAUUGCAUCUCUGGACUUUUCUAGUCUUGCUGCUUUGCUUGUCUGAGUGUACCUUCUCUCCCACUUGGCACAAGUUUGUCAUUUGGCACCUUUGCUGCAUCUUUAGGCAUGGUGUCUUUGCUCCUAUGGCUUUAGUUACUAUUCUAAUGCUUGCAGUUUUCUUCUUGCUGCAUGCCGGUUCUGGACUUGUACUUAAAUCUGUUUUCUUUCAUGAGUUCAAGUUUCUUAAAUCUGUCUCACUUAUCCUGAGAUUUUUCUUUCAGGUGUGAGUGUAAGAAUAGCCAUAUUCAUAGUGGAUUUUUACAUUUCCACUUUUUUCUGCUAAUGUUUCCUGGGGGAAUUUCUGCUCUUUUCCUUAUCUUAAAGGAUGGUUGACGUGUGGCAGUUUAAGGUAUCUGCUAUACUGUGUCUAAAGAACUAGGACUCGAAUUCAAAAAGUUAGAGGAAGAGAUGUAUUCUCUGCUGGAGCUAUUUCACAGUGCAAAAAUAUGGGAUUGCAGGGCAAGCUUAAGGCAUGUGUAAUGCAAGAGCAAUUCUCUAGUGUUAGACUUUCUGAUCAUCAGUGGACAUACAAGGUAAGUUCCUUUCAGGCUCUAUGGCAAGCCUGAUCUUUUUUGAUGAAGAAGUGGCAGCAAUGUAAGUGGUGACCUUAAAAUUUCGUUCAGGUAACAGUUAUCUGUUGUGAGGGAUGUUGCUUAUUCAGUUGUGUAUUGCACAUGCUUUAUUAAAUUUCUUUUUAGAACAAAUCUGGGGAAGCAAGAAGUUUUGUCAUAAUGUAAUGUAAUCCAUUAGUGAAGCUUGAGUCUUUGUUUUCUUCCAUUCGUUUCAGGUUAUUGUUCCUAGUUUCACUUCUGAGGCUGUGGAGUGGUAAAUUAUGAUAGCAAAAAACUUAAGCUGUUAUUUAUGAAACAAUUUUUUGGUUAAUUUUUGUAGCAGGGUUAACUGUCUUUGGUUGUAAGCCGAAGGUAAUGGUCUUUUGUGUCUGAGAGUUGAUAUUCUGCAUAUCAAACACUGAGGUAAGUUGUAGACUGCCAGACCUACUGGGCAGAAAUAAAUUGGGUUGGACUCCUUGCUUCUCUAAAGCAAGCACACAAUCUUCUGCAUUAACACAGGAACAAAACAUAAAGGACCAAUGCAAUUCAUUUGGAAAAGAGAAGACUUUUUUUGUGGGUUUUGUUUACUAGUUUUAACUCCUAGUUUUUUGUGGUACAAAACUAAGUCUGGAUGGUGGUGGUGAACUGUUUCAUUUUUUUGUUUGACAGCUGGAUGGUGCUGUUGUACAACAGAGACUGCAUGAAAACAACAUUGCUAACCACUGCUGUCUUUCUAGGUUUGUUAAGCCUCUUCCACAGAUUUAAAACCUGAAAUUCAUUCAGGAGAAAGGAAGGCUGGAUGUUGCCUCUAUGCUAUAAAGAGAAGAGGAGAGUGUGAGUCUAGAGUCAAAUGCUGGAGAUAGAAAGUUUGUGUAUCCUGAGAAGCCUUCAAGUAUGGUUCUCCAGAGUAUCUUUUUUCCACUGCGGUCUCUUGCUCAGAGCUGAGCACUGAACCAGCAGUAGCUCUGGGCUUUCUGCCAGGCCCAGGUGAAUGUCCAGAUGUGUCUUUGUUUUACUGUCUUGUGGUUCCUGUAAUCCUACAGUGCAAGACUACUGUGAUGCUUUUUGUUCCCAUGGUGGGUGUGACUUAGUGUACCUGUAAGUGUUAGUCAUUUAGCUCCAGAGUCCCUAAAAUCUUUGGGUUCAGUAGGUGAAGCUUUGAUAGGCAGGUCAUUGCAUGUGCUGCAGCUCUGGGUGUUCUUGGUCUUCUCUGACUAGUUAAGUAUGGAAAGUAAUAGAUCUGACUACUUCAGAUAUUUUUUAAUAUUGCUACCUGUAAGGUAGAAAACUGCAGAAGUACUACAUUUACACCCACUAAAUGCAAUGGACUAUUAAGGCUUCAGUAUGUUUUUAUCUGUCUCUAUAGAUAAUUAAGACCCAUCAGAUUUUGUAUAAAUUCUCUCGCCAUCCUUUAGGGUUCUAUCUUGGUGCCUUCUUUGUCCAAAUCCUUUUGUGAGUGACUGCAGUUCUAACACCUUCAAUACAGGUGAAGUCUUUAAAUCACAUGAUUACUUUGCACUUGAUACUUGAUGCUGAACUAAAUGCAGCUAACCUGAAACUAUUUUAAAAUUAGCCUGCCUUCCCUCUUAGCAUCUCAUUGAAUAAUGUCAGCCUUUUUCCUUGCACUGGUGCAAAUCCUGCCCUUACACUCCCAUUUUCCUAUGACUUCAGUUUUGUGGAUUUUUUUCUCAUGUACAAUAUUUCAUCUCCUGACUCUUGCUUUCUUGCUUUUUAUUAAUCGAUUUGCUUGUUAUCUUGUCUUAUAACUUCAGGAUCAACAUCUAUGUAUGCGGUGUCAAGUUUGUUGUGGAGGUAUCAUUCUACAGCAGUUUCUUCCUUGGCUGCCUUUUGCCAGUCUUCACUUUCACAACUGAUUUCUGCUAACUCUGCCUGGAACAUCUUUCCUGCUUACCUGUUUCUUACAACACUAGCUUCCCCUUCAGCCCCAAAACCAUCCAUCCAUCAGCUCCAUCCGUAGCUCGCAUCCAGGGAUUAAAAAGAAAGUCUUCCUCCAGCAGCAAACUCCAAGAUGAGAUGUCUGUCCAUAUGAAAUGCUGACUGAACAGCUUUUCAGUUAGCAGUGAAAAAGUCAGGUUUUCUUAUAAGUUCUGAUAGCGCUUCAAGUGCUUUUUGAGUCUGAUUUGUUUUAUGGCGGUGCUUUGUGUUUAAUUUGGGCUGUCAGCUCCUUCAGCAGCAGUCUGUAGAAUGCUGCACGCAGCUGUGGCACUGCAGAAACAUAAUACUGAAACUUCUGAGGCUGAGAACCACAACAGAUAAUUGUCUUUCAGAUCCUGAAGUAACACAGUGGCUGACCUAGUCAUUAUUAACAGUUCCUUCCCUAGAAAAUGUCUUCUGAAGGGAUGUGAGGUCAUUCGGUUGUAGAAUCAUAGACUAUCCUGACCUGAGAGGGAUUCACAAGGAUCGUAGAGUCCAAACACUUUCUUCUUAUGUUGUCUGUGGGAGUCAUUGCAAUUUAUUAUAUAUUACUUUACAAAACCAGAGAAGUUGGAGUAGCAUGAGUCUUCCAUAAAUAAGAUGGGUUUCCUUUGGUGGUUUUUAGAGUGAAUAAAAUCUUCAUAGUCACUGGAGUUAGGCAUACAGCUAUUGUUUUCUAAAAACAUCCUCUUAAAAAUUAAUUUUUAGAAUUGUUGUCUUUAUUUCUUUAUAUACAGUUUUCCACUUCUGCCAAGUUGACUUCCAAUUUACUCCUAGAUCAUCACUGCCUGUAAAAGAUUACUCGUAUUCACAGUGCCUAUUUCAGGGCUGUGCGAGGAUGUAGUAUACAAUUUGAGCAGAUUCCAUCUGAAGCCCCAGUUCUAAUCUAUUUAAUCUAUUUCAGGAAUUGUUCUACAAUCUGCUGUUUGUUUGAAACUCCGACCUAGUUGCUGAAUUAACUUUUGUCAUUGCUUUGCACAUUGAAGUGCUGCUACCCUUGGACUACUGUUUUACUUACUUAGAUAAGCAGCUGUACACUGGAAACAUUUCCUGACAGUUAAGUGCCUUGGCAGUUUGCAGACUUGAAACAAGAAUGAAAAUCUCUAACUGCUUAAUCUUUGCUACUUUUCAAGCAAUUAGUUUUGGUUUCAGUAUGAAAAACAUGUUGCCUCCUUUUAUUUCAUCUGAGUUACUUCAAUGGAUACAAGCUAUGGUCCACCUCCUGAAGCUACUAUUAAAACAAACGCUUUCAGUUGAUGCCAAAUUUGUGUUUUACCUGUAAAAUCUUUGUACCAUUUUAUGAGCACUACCACAGUUCCUUCUCUUUUAUUUUUUUUACUGUACAUUUCUUCUCUCUUAGUGAAGAUACUCUUGUUUCUAACAGCUUCUGUAGCACAGAAUUGUGUGCAUCUUUUACUACCUGUGCUUUGUAUCUCAACACUUAAUAUUCUUAACUUACACCUUCUCCACUACAUUUUGUAUUUUUUUUUCUUGAAGACUUUUCAAUUCAGCCUUUACUUUCAGAGAGUGCUGUUAAAUUCCUGUACUUCAGUACCUUCAAGGAUGAUGAUGGGUAUUCUAUUUUCUUAAUGUUUCACAUAACACUUUCUUGGCACAAUACCUCGCUCUGUGUGCCAGGGAAUAUUGAUGUCAUCCAUUGUCCUGUAAAAUAAGAUUAAUGGCUCUCAAUUAUUCCAAAACACCAUUCUGUGCAUGCUAUGGAUCAGCAAUUUAAAGUAAAAAGUAGCCGACCAAUCAACAACAAAAUUCAGUGCUCUAUUUAUUCUUACUUGAAGUGAAGAAUACAAAACAUUUUAACUGCUUUUCAGUAGAAGCAGUUAAACAUCACCCAACAUUCAUGUUCAAGAAAUAAAAAGCCUCCAAACUACGUAUUUCAGAAUCUUGGGGGUCAAGGAUCAGAUUUUUGUAUGUACUUAAAAUUGAACUAUAGUCUAUCAAAUUUCAGUGUUACAUGUACAGAUAAUUGUGAGCCAUGUUAUAUCAGUGAGAUGUAAAUUGAAAACAUAAUUAUGUUUCAGAGUUGUUCCAAAAUAGACCAUAAUUUCAAAGUAAGUAAGAAGGUCCUUAAUAACAAACAAGAAAGCUUAUGCUCAAGAUAAAAAAGGAAUACUAAAUGUCCUGAAAGGAAAUAAGAUACUUGUAAGAUGAUAUUAGACUAAUAGUAGAAAUAGGUUGAUAUCUCAAGCUUAUGAAUGAUCAUAAGCCUGUGAAAGAAUUCCUUGCAGUUUGGACUGCUGAGCAGCUCUUGGCCAUGUGUAACUGUUUAAGUGGACAAGGCUGCACGUGAGAACUUGGGUGGCAGGAACUCUGGUAUCUUCUGCUGAUUUAGAUCAUGGAAUUAUACAGUCUUUUGAGUUGGAAGGGACCUCUAAAGGUCAUCUGGCCAACUUCCCUGCAGUGAGCAGGGAUACCUACACUGCAUCAGUUUGCUCAGAUCCUCAUCCAACCUAACCUUGUGUAUCCCCCAGGAUGGGGCUUCUGUUUCGCUGAGCAAUCUGUGCCAGUGGAGUGGAAUUGAACCAAAUUGCUGCACUGGAGUAUUUUAGUAACACAGUGCUUGCUUCAAUGCAUGGGAAGUAGUGAAGGGGUAAAGGGGUUUGGGAAAAGCCCCUUUAGGUAAAGUGUGCUUUGUGAAAUUGCCAUUUCUUGUUUUGUCAGCCUUCAGUGCUUCAACUCUAAGUUUCCUGGUGGCUGAUGGGUUCAAACAGACUUACUGGCUCCAAACAAUGCUGUGUUUUAGUUCUUUUCUACUUGACUGGCAAAAGCAACUCCUUCAGUAGAUUAAAGAUGAUGGUUAGCGUACGAUUCUGGGCUGGCUACUCCUGUACAGAAUGGAAGAAGCUUUUGUCUCUUUAAAUUUAAACUGUAAAUUCCUAAGGGUGUGCAUGCUUAUUGGCCAUCUAUAGACAGUUGGAGCCUGUGAGUAGCCGGUGCUUUGAAUCAUAAUCAUUAAGGUUGGAAGAGACAUUUAAGAUCAUCUAGUCCAACCGUCAACUUGCUGCUGCUGCCAUGCCCACUAACCAUGUCCUUCAGUGUUACAUCUAUGCAUUUCUUGGACACCCCAGCAAUGGGGACUCAUCUGCAGCCCAUUCCAAUGCCUUACCACUCUUUUGAGAACUUUUUCCUAGUAUCUGGAGCAUUAGAAGUGCCCAGAGAAUGACGUUGCAGUGCAUCCUUUCAUACUGACAGUGCAAAUGGGAUGGGUGUUUACUGAGUAAGCUUGUCACUGGUCCAGUCCAGAGGAGUGCCUGUGAGGUCUGCUGAUGUGGGAAUGAGAGGGAGGACAUUUUCUUUUUUCAGGGUGUUAGGUGAUGCCAGAAUCUGCAGUGAUGCCCUUCAGCAGCUGUCUUUCAAUCCCUCGUUGCUGCCCUUCAGUUAGUCACUAUCCAUAUUUUAGAAGUACUUUUCAGCUUUCUGCCCUCUAAAUUUUAAUGCUCAAAACCCUGAGAAUAAAUUAUGUUAAUAAAUACCUUAACACCUCAGCUCUUUUAGGGCUUCUGUGGGACAAGAGGAGUUUACAGUGUGCUUCUGUGUUCUGUAGUGUGGGGAAAUCUAGCCAGGAGCUAGUGGGGAGUCAGUAUCUCUCUGCCUUCCCUAAUUGGCAGCCACAGGAGAUCAGGCUCCUGGACAAGCUGUUGUGAAGCCAACUGUGGGUACUUGCAGGUGAUCCCUGUUUUGGGCACAGCAAUUCUGUUUGACCCAAUUGGUACAGGUUUGUGCUGGUCUGGAAAUGCAGGCUGGUUGUUCCCGUGUGCUGGUGAGGGCACUUUCUGCUAGUCUUAUGAGGAGUGGCUGAGGGAGCUGGGAUUGUUUAGUCUGGAGAAGAGGAGGCUCAGGG